AUGUCUCUCAGUGAGGCGUCGGUGGAGGACAUUCCCCACCCUCCGGAAUCGUCACAGUCACUUGCGGUGGUGACAUCCGAGAGUGCUCGUCAGAAGUGGAAAAUCGCUGCUUUAGAGGAAAAACUACAGAUACUGGAGUCAGGGCAUGCGGUCAAACAAAGGGAGACAAACUACUACGUGUCGAAAGGAAGAGCCAUCAGGCGCACUGUCACAUUAUUUGACAACAUCGAAGACUUAAUAUGCGAGAAUGAUAGGCGGUGCGAUCUGGGCAACGAGGACGAAAAUACAACUGACGAGCAAGAUCGUUUGCAAACCGGCUAUAUCGCGCUUAAUCACGCCCUCCCGUGGUUUCACCCAAGGGCAUCAGACCUGGAGUAUGAUGAUUACUCGUAUAUGCUCAAAAAGGGAGCCGAUGCCGCUCGAGGGGAUGACACUUCGAAGUUGAAGAGCCUCGUCGCUGAUUGGAUCAAUCGCGAAUUGAAGCCUGAUUCCCCCAUCGACCCCGAGGACAAACACUACCGUGGAUUCAUCAACGAUACGUGUGGCAGACUACUCUGCCUGACUGAGCUAGACUGGAAUAGCCCAACCAUCAGAGCAGGGAUCAGGGACCGCGCAGACGGCUAUGUCGUGACGGAGAUGUCCUGGCCAGCAUUUCUGUACGAAAAGUACACAGCAAAUCAGGACAAUCUGGAGCAGGGCCUUUUCAAAAGCACUCUCUUACUUCAGGCCUUCAAAGCAAUAUUCACGUCACCCUCCUCUGCAAGGGAGGUUACCGCUGAUGGCGACGCCGCUGAUGUAAUCGAAACCAACCGACGCGCCAAGAAGGACUUCAAUUCAUGCAAGAAAGUGAAGACACACGUAGCACAAAUAAUCAAAAUGCACGCUGUCACGGCCCGCUCGAUAGCAUAUGUAGCAUGUCAGUUGCGAUUUGCCCUGUCUUCUGUGAGCUCAUGGCGCUCGGUGGACGGCGACUUCGACUACAUACCAUUUUGGCAAAACAUUGUAGACUUCUUCGAACGGCCCCCUGGUCGAGCAGCGCAGCAAAGGGUUACCCGACUCCUCGCAUGGUGGACAAGCUGCAUUCUUUACAUACUCAACAGUCCUCAAUUGAUCUCCGUUUCUUAG